AGUAAGUCAUCCUGGUGUCACAAGAAAACAAGCAACCCUCGCAAUUGAAUUUCACACAUUUUGUGUUCGGCUCUUGUCAAAUCCACAAAAUGGCCUGCCUGCGGUUCCUCCCUUUAGCUACUUUAUUUACGCUCACAUCGGCACAGUUUAUACCACCGUACACGGAAGACUGCAGGACGGGAAUGUAUCCACCAAGUGGUCCCACGUUUAAAGGGGCGGUCAGCUGGUACACGUUGGACCUCGACUUACCGCCAAAGAACCGAUGGACAGCUGUGAUCACUGAGAAAAAGACAGAGCUGGUCGCCAUGGUCCAGGCCAUCAAAGACUUGGCUGAUGCUUUCGUUCCUGACGGGAAGCUGAUUGAGUUGGUGGACAUCACGCUGCCUUUUAUGGCGAACACACUUCCUUACCCGUUUGGCGAUGAAAUCAAAGGAAUAGCAGCGGCCUCAGGAAUUCCCCUGGGGGAGGUGGUCUUGUUCAACAUCUUCUACGAGGUCUUCACUGUCUGCACGUCCGUCAUCGCAGAAGACGCUAAAGGAAACCUCCUGCAUGCUCGCAAUCUGGAUUUUGGAUUAUUUAUGGGGUGGGACACGCAGAACAAGUCCUGGGUUGUGAGCGAGCUGCUGAAGCCUUUAGUUGUCAACGUGGACUUCCAGAGAAACAAACUGAGCGUCUUCAAGUCCACCAGCUUCGCAGGAUACGUUGGCAUGCUGACCGGCAUCAAACCUAACACGUUCACGCUGACCAUGAACGAGCGCUUCAGCCUGGAUGGAGGAUACAUCGGAAUCCUGGAGUGGAUCAUUGGAAAGCGAGACGGCGUGUGGAUGAGCUUCCUCACUCGCUCCGUGCUGGAAAACGCAACCAGCUACGAAGAGGCCAAAGGUCGCCUGGCUCAGACCAAACUGUUGGCGCCGGCCUACUUCAUCCUUGGGGGGAACAUGACGGGUCAAGGCUGCAUCAUCACCAGAUCGAGACUCCUCAGCCUCGACAUCCUCGAGAUCGACUUGAAGUUGGGCCGCUGGUACGUGUUGGAGACAAACUAUGACCACUGGAAAGAUCCGUUGUUCCUGGAUAACCGCAGGACUCCGGCCAUGAAGUGCAUGAACGCCACCACACAGACCAACAUCUCCAUGACGACGCUUUACGACGUGCUGUCCACUAAACCAGUGCUCAACAAGCUGACCACGUACACGACGCUCAUGAAAGUCUCGGAGGGCACGCUGGAGUCGUACAUCCGAGAUUGUCCCAGCCCCUGCAUGCCCUGGUGACCCCGCCCCCUGCCCCAGAGCCCACCAAUCAGCGUCCUUCACAUCCCUUAGAAACGUUUUAACCUCUCGUCAGUUUACUUUUUCGCCCUUCAUCUUCAACUGUGUUGUGUACAUAAUGUCAAAUGAAAGUAAAUAUUGUGUAAGUUGAGAAAGGGAAGUGCAUGUGAGCGCAUGUCACGAUGGUUCCAGGUGCGGGCUGCCAACCAUGAAAUAAUACGCUUCCUAAUGAUUCAUUAAUAAAAGAAAUUGCUACA